UCACGGUGCCUCUCACUUACGCCGACUGUAGGUACAGCAGCAGCAUCGUGGGAUGGAGUGAAACAAGGCAUGGAUUCCACUGAGGAAAAACCGAGAAAAGAAGUCGACCUUUAUCGUGACACAUGGGUUCGUUUCCUGGGCUAUGCUAAUGAGGUUGGGGAGGCUUUUCGUGCCUUGGUGCCGGUGAGUUUGGUAUGGACCAGUUACAUUGUGGCUACUACGUAUGUUACUGCUGAUGCUGUGGACAAAGGGAAGAAAGCAGCUGUGGCUCAUGGGGAAAACCCUGGAAGGACAGCACGAGUGGCUGUGGCAGUGGUGGAUACGUUUGUGUGGCAGGCCCUCGCCUCUGUGAUCAUUCCGGGCUUCACCAUCAACCGUGUGUGUGCUGCUUCACUCCACCUGAUGGGCAGAGCCACCAGGUGGCCGCUGCCCGUACGCAAGUGGACCACUACAGCUAUAGGCCUUUCCACCAUCCCCUUCAUCAUCACACCUAUAGAUAGGUCAGUGGAUUUGCUGCUGGAUUCAAGCCUUCGGAAGCCUACGAUGAGGUAGAGAAGCACAAAUAAGAAGCAUUGGUGCAGGACAGGUUGACCCUCCUCGUGAAGAAACCCAGUCCAGUCUACAUAAAGUUGUGCUGGUUCAACACCACUGUGACGUGUAUCAGGGAGCAAGAUUUAUGUUCAGUACAGAAAAAUGUUUGAGUCAGGGAUGUGUAGUAAAAUAUGAACAUGUCUGAUGUGAAAUGGGGAUAUCCCGCUGUUUAAUUUUUUUAUUUUAUUUUUUAGCAGGAACAUGGCAUGCGUGUGUUUCCUGCUGUCAUUAUACUGAUUGUGCUUUAAAGGGUUCGAGCCUGAACUGUUUCUCUGACUUGCAGAGCUCACAUGCAGUCAGCUAGAGACGGCGUCAACAUAAUCCACACUUGCUGUGCUUGUAUAAUCAGUGGUACUGUAAUAAUGAGCAAAAAAAGCCAAUUUUGUUAUGUGUUCCUCUAUUUGUAGUUUUAUUUAAAGUUUGUCUUGAAUCGUUUGUCGUUUCAUCCUGAAAAUAUGUGUCUGUUACUUGGGACUGAUGUUUUAAAAGGGUUUGCUAUUGCACUUUUUUUUCCUCUAUUCUACCUUAGUGUUGGUGAUGGGAGUCAUUCUGGUUUACACUUGGAGAAUUUUGUUAAUCAAAGAUGUCCUUUACUGUACAUUAUACACUAGGUUAAGGUACUCAGAAUACUUAUUGUAACAUCACGUAAUUUAGCAGCCAGUCUCAAAUGAUGAUUGCACAGCAUCUGUUCAUUUUCAGGUUGCAGCCAAGUAUUAACUUCUUUAAUCGUAUUCUUGUAGCAUCAAGAGAUAACUUGCCUAGACGCUAUACUUCCUGUUAUUUCAAGCCAAUUAUCUAGUGGAACUUUUGGUGUUCACAUAAAAUUGUUGCACAAUACUUGAAGGUCGGUGACACCUCUAGCUGAAGAGUAACUAAAAUAUAAGUUCAUGCUUUAACAACCGAGCCAUAUGAGACAUUGUUACCAAAAAAGCCCCAAUGCUCUACUCACCUUUGGCAAUUGUUCGUUUGCAAGCAAUCCUUCUUUGAAAAUUUAGGAAGUUGUCCAUUGAGUCAACGAGGCGUGCCACUUUUACAUGUACGAUACUGGAACCUUGAGUAUCUGCGAAUACCUAUACAACCCAACACUAUUUUCCGCAUCUUAAAACAAUAAUCUGUUAAUUAAUGCUUUUGUCUGGGUGGUUUUGCUGACCUUGCCAUCUACAUAGCCCACUCAAACUGACAAAUAAAAAAAUUAUACUCCCCUAAAGGAAAAUGUACAUAGCUCAGUGAAAUCCAAUAAUUUUGGCCUAUAUCAGACCUGAUACUGAUCCAAGAUAUCAGAUUGGCACACCCUUGGGAUAAAAACCUCUACAAGUUGGCAAUAAAGUAACGCUAAUGGUGUACUAAUAAAAAAUAAAACGCCACCAUGUCAGCGGUUCUACAAAUGUGUAGAAAUAUGAUCAGCUCAACAUACUUUUUUGUUUUAUUCUAAUAUGCCAAUUUAUAACAAUCCUGUGCUGUUUUCAGAUGUUAGCGUUUGUCAGUUCCUUUAUAGUUGAUGCAGCAUAUUGAAAAUUGUCUCUAAAAAUUCAAUAAUAUCACUACCUAAUGUGUGGGCAAUAUUGAUAAUGUAUGGACUACACUGAGUAAACUGAAAUUUGAGUCCUACUGUCUGUCUCUUAUUGAUAUGUUUAGUUUUAUAGCAAGUUUUCCAAAAAGUGAUUUCUCUCAUCUCUUAGAAUUGUGAAAUGCGAGUCCAGCACUCAGAGGCUUGAUUAAAGUCAAUAGUUUUGAUGUCUCCGAUGGUUUUAAAUUGUGAACUUGUCCUCUUAAAAUUUACAGGUAUUUCAUACUUUGUGGGGCUCGAUAUUAAACUGUAGCUCAUUUUUAAAUAUGCAAGAAGGUCAUUGUAUAAAUAUGAUGGACUUCCAUAUUAAAAGGGAUUGUACUUUACAUUUAAGGUACAUAGUUACAUAAUAUUAAAAGUUUCACUAUAAGGGGAAAUGUGAUGGAGUGUAGCUUGAAACUUGGAGCCGUCAUGCUACAGUGUGGAAUAUACUGUAUUGUGAUUGGUUAUUGCCAAUUUUGCUGUCAUAUUGUAUAAUUUUUUUAGCAGUAUAAGUACUGUGUCAAUGUCACAUUGAAUUCACAUGGUUGUGACUGAGUUUUUCAGUGUGGAUGUGCAAUUUUGCUUGUUCAUGCUGAGUGCUGAUACAAGUGUUGUAGUGGUACCUAUUCAAAGAAUACAUAACAAAAACUGCUUACAAGACUUUUUUAAGUGGUUAAAAUGCCUGAAUGGUCCAACAAAUAAAGCAGAAGUACAUCAGUACUGUAUUUACAAAACGCAGAACUUUCCUUUUCAUUUGGUGGUAAAACAACAGUAAUACAUACCUACGAAAUCCUGUCCCAUCUUUAUGUCCAACUUGAGAAAUAAAUAUUUUUUAUUAAUGCAUGCUGCAAAUUGAGGCAGAUGUUUAGCUUUAUUUUUUUAAAUGAAUAUUUUACGUGUUCAGAUGUGGCAGGUGGCUGAGAAGUGAGAUGUUUUUGACACACUUGGAAGCCUCAAAACCAUUUCCCUUUCCUGUAGUUCCCAAGAUAGAAUAUCUUUCAAAUGUGAAGUCGGCUGUAACUCUGUUCAUUGUAAUCGACAGCUUUUAUUCACAUAUUUUACACUGGAACUACUUCUACAGCACUGAAAAACCAACUCACUUCUGACUCCAUAGUGAAAUAAAUUGUAUCGUAAAAGAA